ACUUGAUAAAGAAUAGAUCUUACUUAAUUUCCUAGAAACUUCGAGCAUCAUCAUCAUAUAUAUAUAUAUAUAUAAACAGAGUCAUAAAUCUUCAAAUUAAUUAGGAAACCGUAUUCUUUGUUUUCAUUCCCUCAUUAGUCAUGGCGUUUCAGAGGCACAUGAAUAUCUUCUUUUUCUUUCUUCUCUUUUCUUGUUUUCUCUUUUCCUCGCAGGCUUCCAAAUUCUACGUUGGUGGAAGAGAUGGUUGGGUCUUGCACCCCUCCGAGAAUUACACCCAAUGGACUCAGAAAAACAGGUUCCAAGUCAAUGACACUCUCGUUUUCAAGUAUAAGAAAGGGUCGGAUUCUGUGUUGCUUGUGAACAAAGACGAUUACUACAAUUGCAACACAACGAACCCAAUAAAGAAAUUAGAAGAAGGUGAUUCUGAGUACAAGCUUGAUAAGUCUGGGCCAUCCUUUUUCAUAAGUGGGAAGGAACAAAACUGUGAGAAGGGACAGAAACUAAUUGUGACUGUUUUGUCUGUGAAACACAGCAACACCAGUCCUCCUAAAACCCCAACAGCACCAACACAAGCACCAACUCCAAGCAGCAGUCACACCCCAAAAGUUCCACCCUCUCUAGCUCCAUCAAGUUCUUCACCUGGACCAUCCAUAGCCGCAACUCCAAUCUCACUAGGCCCUGUAACUAAUACCCCAGUAACAUCACCAUCAUUUUCACCAUUGAUUUCACCACCAUCAUUUUCACCAUUGAUUUCACCAUCAUCAUCACCAUCAUUUGCACCAUCAUUUUCACCAUCUUCAUUAUCACCAGCAUCAGAAGCACCUUCAUUUGCGCCAGAAGUACCUUCUCCAGAGUCCAACGCUCCAACUGAGGCUCCAGCUUAUUCACCAGCGUACUCAUCUCCGCCAGAACCAGGAACAACACCGCCAUCUUCACCGCCAUCUUCAUCGGCAAAGUCGCCGCAAUCUUCACCGUCACCGGGGUCAAGCACUCCAGGCGCAACGCCGCCUGCACAAUCAUCUGCAUGGGCAGUAACUCCCACAUAUGUGUUUGUGAACUUAGUGGGUUCCGUUACUAUUUUGCUGAGUGUCUCUUUGGGUCCUGUCUUUUAGAAUAAGAAAAUUUCAUUAGUGGGAUUUGUUAUUAUUAUAAUAGGGUUUAUUUUAGUUUUUCUUUUUCUUUUCUUUUUUUCGACUUUGUUUUGUUAAUUUUUUUUUUUUUUUAGAGUUUUUCAAGUUUAGUUUAUUAUAAUUUAUAGACCAAUUUAGCUUUUUUUUAGAUUCAAUAAGAUAAAUAAUCGUGUAUCUUACUCUUUUUGUGAAAAAGAGUAUUAUGAUGAUUUUUUUUGAGGAUUUUUCUUGGGUAUCAAUAAUAUGAAUGAGCCUGCUCAUUUUCCUUU